AGAUAAAGGCUAGCUUGCGUCUUAGGGUACCAUGAUCCCUGUCACUUUGUGGGGCAACGCUCAUCAGACUCAUACCUCAGCAUCACCUUGAAUCGUGGCAUAAAUAGAACGAUCCCUUCGUCCUGCAAUCAGAUAAGGAACUUCGAAGUAUCAUUUCCGUAAUCUUGGCCGCUGCCUCAACGCCAUGGCAUCGCACCCCAUGCAACGAUGCUGCGUCGUCGGCGUAAAGCACGAGGGGAAACCUCAAGGAGUGAUCAAACAAAUCGAUAAUAUCCGCACAUAUUUCGCCUACCCAGAGGAUAAAGACCCAGAACAAGCGAUAGUUCUCAUGACCGACGUCCUCGGCAUGGACUUCCCCAACACCCAGCUCAUCGCCGACCAAUUCGCACAAAACGGCUAUCUAACACUCAUACCCGACGUUUUCAACGGCCAUCAAGUGUCCUUUCCCAUCGACCCAUCUUUUGACCUGCAAGAGUAUGUUGACACCACGAUGCCAAAACCGGAGACUGUUGAUCCAAUGUAUGAGCGCGUAAUCGGAUAUUUGAGGAAUGAGUUGAGAAUCAAGAAGUUAGGAGGCGUGGGAUAUUGCUUUGGGGGCAAAUAUGUGUGUAGAUGGUUGAAGGAAGGCGGCCUAGACGCAGGAUUUAUAGCUCAUCCGAGUUUCGUCACUUCAGACGAGAUCCGCAACAUCAAAGGACCGCUAAGCAUCGCUGCUGCAGAAACCGAUGACAUCUUCCCCGCUUCAAAACGCCGCGAGACAGAAGACAUUCUCAAAGAACAUACCGUCCCAUACCAGCUGUUUCUCUACUCGGAUGUCGAGCACGGAUUUGCGACAAAGGGCGAUUUAUCGCAUGAAAAGGCGAGAUUUGCAAAAGAACAAGCGUUUCUGCAGGCGGUGUACUGGUUAGGCGAGUACGUAAAGAAGAGGCCAGGAGUGUAAACAAUAAAUCAGAGUUGUAUAGAAACAACGAGGCGAUCGAGACCAGGAAAGGCGUUGGAGGUAUUAGGGAUAGUGUCCACGAUGAUCACAUCGCCAGAAGAUGUG